UGCGGAGCGCGCCGAGCGGCGGUAACGUUGCGUAUGUGUUUUUCUAAACCUCCUGUUACUGCUGUUCGGCUUCACCUGUGUGUCUUUCUUAAUCGUUUUAUUGGAGUUAAGAUAAGAUCGUGUAGCAACGGGGGGGGGGAAAUAGCUGGAAGGCAAGGCUAGGUCCAAGGUGCAAAAGGUCUUUCACUGCACCAGAGAGUAUCGAGUAGCUACAAGGACAGGUCCAAAAGUGAAAAGAGAGAUAAAACAAAGCACAGAGCAUCGAGUGCUGUGAGGUAGCUGUUCUUAACGUAAAAUGUGGCACUUAAAUAUUUAAUAAAGAGCCGUAGAGGAAGACGGGAGGCAGGGCAUCGCCACACACAGGUGAAGGAGGUGAUUCGUUAGUGAACAACGCUGCUUCACUUUGUUCGGUUGGACUUUGCAGCGAUGAUACAUAGUCCGAAAGGACAAUUUUUCCAAAAAAAAAAAAAAAAAAAAAAAGCGUAUCCAGUAAUAUUAAGCUCAGAAUGCGUCAAUGAGCCAUGAAAACAGCCCGAAGGUGUCGCGCGCUGUUCGUUGAACGGCUUUUUUAAAUUAAUUAUUUAUUUUUUAGACCUAUAGCCUCGCAUAUAUAAUAGGGCGGGGUGGCGCUGACGAGGAAGUGCGGUAAACUCCACAGGUAGAUGGAGUUUUCUCGAAGAGCUAGCAGCCUUUCUGUUCGGGGCUCGAGGGCAAGUUAUUUUUGAUGUGGCCGAAUUUUAAAAAGGUGGAAAAACUGCAAGUGAACCGUGUGACUCGGCGGCACCUGGACUGGAAGCGGCUCGUGCGCUCAAUUGGCACAAUGAGACAUUUUCACAAAGGAAGAUGUAUGUUUAUGUUCAUGCUGUGUGUCCCCACUGGGCUUUUUAUUGCCUACAUUGGUCCGUUAUCUCUCAGGUUUUUGGAAGGCUUAAUCCCUAUGGAUGUGUGUCCGUUACCACAGGGUACGAAGCUUCAAGGAAUUGACUCUUCUGUAGCUCUCUGGUCGAGAACUGAUGUUCAGACGUGUACUUCCUGGGGAGCCCCUAUAUUGUGGGAGGGGAUGUUCAACCCUACCAUAUAUGACCAAGAGCACAGGGAGAGGGGUACUUCAGUGGCACUGACUGUGUUUGCUGUUGGAAGGUAUCUGGACGCCUACCUAUGGGAAUUCCUGACUUCGGCUGAGCUCCACUUCAUGGUCGGGCUGCCUGUGACCUACUAUGUGUUUACAGAUGCUCCUGAGAGGGUUCCAACAAUCAUGCUAAAGCCGGGGAGAACUUUGAAAGUGAUCAAGGUGGAAAGGCAUGCACGUUGGCAGGACAUUUCCAUGAUGCGCAUGAGGACCAUUGCCGACACGAUCGAGUCACACAUUCGUCACGAGAACCAGUACGUUUUCUGUUUUGAUGUGGACCAGGUCUUUGUGGGGCGUUUCGGAUCAGAAGCUCUUGGAGAUUUGGUGGUCCUGCUUCACGCAUUCUACUACCACCGGCCCAAGAUAAUGUACACCUAUGACCGCAACCCCAGGUCUGCAGCUUACAUGACAGAGGGGGAUUUCUACUACCAUGCAGCUGUUUUUGGGGGCAGUUGGCAGAGUGUGAGGAACAUGACAGAAGCUUGUUAUCAUAGCAUCAUGAAGGAUAAAAUGAACCAAGUGGAGGCUCGGUGGCAUGACGAGAGUCACCUUAACAAGUACCUGUGGAUCCACAAGCCUAGCAAGGUGCUCUCGCCUGAAUACUGCUGGGCCAGCUUCAUUGGCUUCCGCAGCGAUAUACAUGUCGUCCGUCUGCUCUGGGCAGAAAAACAUUACAGCAAACUUAGAGAUUAAAAGGGACACAUUAAGAUCCAAGGCACUGACUCAGUUUUAUUUCUCCCCCAUGCUCCACUCCACUCUGAGAGGUCUGAGGUAUGUAGCAUGGAAUUUUGUAAAGCGUUGCUAAUACCUGGAAAACUUGAAAAAUACAGGAAAAAAAUAAAAAAUUAUAUUCUUGUAUAAUAGAAGUCCAUUUUUGAAUAGCAUCAGUUUUUUUCAGGCAAUUUUCUGUACAGCUUUUGAAGACAAUUCAGUGCUGCCACUGUAUCGGGGUAAGUAUACCCGUUUCACUAUCCCUUUGGACAUUCCUGGUUCACUGUGGGAACAGGUAUUGCAGAAAUGACAAAAGGGUGGCUAAGUAUGGUUGUGGAAGACUGUGGCAUGCUGGUUGUGGCUUUGCUUCGAGCUUUACGUGCUUUACUCGGCUCCUUUGGUGGGAGAUGAUCUGGCAUUUGAGGUAUAAAUCCAUCGUCAGUGGAAAGCUUUCUCUCUAAAGCUUGCUGGACUUUAACCCUCCAAGAUUAGGGAUGCACUCUACAGGUGGAGGAUGUUUUAAUAAAUACAGGAUCCCUUUUCUUUAUGAAUAAGAUUUAUUUAUUAGCGGAUCUCCCGUGCGAUGGAUUGGCGUCCCAUCCAGGACGUUGCCUGCUUAGCCUUAGGCAUCUUGCAUCCUGGACAAGUUCCAGACUGCCGGCAACUGUGAAUUAAAGCAGGGAAAAUGUUUGAGUGAGCGUUGGGAAAUCGCUCAUUUCCCAAUCCUCGGACAACGCUUACAAAACGAUCCCACGGUACACACCGCCUCUAGUUAGCUUUCCACAAAAGUGCACUUUCUUAAAACCAGACAGAUAUAGCAGUGCCUUUGUAUACGUGUUCCCCC